AUUAAUGUGGUGGUUGCACUGUGUGCGUUAGUAGAUUCAAGGACUUCGUAACCUGUAUGUAAAUACAUGUAAGAUUAGUUUCUUGAUGAUGAAUUGACCUUUUUUGUUUAAUGUGAACUUUUUUUCUCUUCUAUUUUGGGGGAAAGAUUGAAACAGGAGAUGAUGAGGAUGAGUCUGGGGACUCAGAUUCUGAGUGCAAUGGAGCCGCCCAAGAUUUAUCCAAGAUAACGGAGAUGAGGCUUAUUCCUUCAGACGCCGGCCAAUUGGACCGCUUGUUUGAGAUAUUCUGCGAGUGUGCAGAGCUUAAUCCAGAACCCAUUGAAGGAGAAGAAGAAGCGCAUAAUUGGAUUUUUAGUGCUGAUCGGAUUGGAGAUGAAGUUGCAGGGGAAGAUCCUGAUUGGAUUAUGUCUCAAAAUCCAACAAGCACAAUUGGUCAAUCUAAUGGGGAUCAUGACUUAGCACGUACAGUGCUAGAGCUUCAGAUCAACGAUCAGCGAUUUGAGGAUGCAGAAGAAAUGGGGCAUGAUGUCAACAGUGGCCACCGUUGAGCUUGUUCUCCCUUUUCUUUCUUCACAUCUUCGGGUGUUGCCAUUAACCAGUGUCCAUCUUGUUUCUUUUGUGGUUCCGAGUCUUUUUGUAUAUGUGAAACAUUAUCUUCAAAUACUUGGCCCAGGAGCAUCGUCACAUUAGGACUUAUAAAGUCAUUUUGCUUCUAACCAGUUUGUGUAUUGCUGUUAUCGGAAUUAUUAUUCGUGGUAACCGAAUUUUCUCAUAACUUUUUAGACAAAUAUGUUAGUUAUUAUUAUGCCCAACCCAAAAGAACAUACUUGACAUGCAUAACCUUUUCAGGCAAAUU